CAGGUCGUGUGACGUCAGCCGACUAUUAUGGGCUGCCGUUGGCCCAUUUGGCGACGGGAGUCCCUGGCAGGCGGACGCAGUGUUGUUUUGGCCGUUGGAAACAAGAGUCGUUUGACUGUACUGUACACAACACCGGAACGCUGGCGGACCCGGCAGAGAAGAUGAUGGAACUCUCCGCAUUCGGCGAGCGGGUUUUCGCCGCCGAGUGCCUGCAGAAGAAGCGUUGGCGAAGGGGCAAGGCGGAGUACCUCGUUAAAUGGAAGGGAUGGUCGCAAAAAUAUAGUACGUGGGAACCGGUGGACAAUAUCCUUGACCCACGGCUUCUGCUAGCAUUCGAGAAUAGAAACGUGUCAUUUUUUGAAGACGACGACGACUACGUGCCGUACCACUCCCCUGAGAGCGGGAGAGGGGUCCACAGAGGGCAGUGGAGAAGUGCUGAAGAGAAAGCUGCCCGGCCAAGCGGGGAGUGCAGGUAUAUCUGGGGAAGGUUCCCGGCCUGGUAGCGGGCAGGGGGCCCGGGGAAGCCCACGGCGCAACCCUUGGCGGUGCGGGCCCCUCUCACAGGAUGUGGGUUCGCGGUGCGGGGCACGCCAGCCAGACUAUUUCACCUUCAGGUGUAGGCAGCGGUUCGGGGAAGCGGAGUGAGGUUUGGGGUUUUGUCCGAGGGAACCCCUCGUGCUCGCCGGGGGAACAGAUGGCCGGGGAAAGGGGAAAAGCAGUCGCGUCACCCACGACUCCGCCCCCUCAUAACCAGACCACCAUGCUGAAAAACAUCGCCAACCAUUCACAAAAGCCUGUAAGUAGCUCUGCGGUUUCCCAGAACAAAGCUGGACAAUCCCCGCCGUUCGGCCGCAAGGAAUCGGCCU